UUCAAAAAUUUUGACUUGACUAAAUAAAAAUCUUAAAUUGUUUUAAAUACUGUGCACGAGGUUUCAAGUUCAAGUCCCUUACGUAUUUUGUUAUUUUUUAUUGGAGUCCAUUACGUGUUUAAAGUAAUCCGGACGCAAGCGAAAACGGACCAUUUAGCUUAUAAGUUUCGGAUGACCAAUCUUUUAUAGCUUGGAGGAUUAGAAGACCACCAUUCAAAACAUUGUGCAGAGUCUUAUUCAAUGAAAUAGAAACCGCCAAUUUUUCAAGAAAUGGGUGAAGAGGACGAAAAAAAAUCAGACAAUAAACCUUUCUGUCGUUUUGGAUGUGGAUUCUACGGUUCCAUAAAUACAGAUGGUCUAUGCUCAGUAUGUUUUAAGCUCACAGCACAAAAUGGCAAGAAGAAGCGAUUAGUUCUUAGUAAAAAUACAGUUGGGCCAUCUAAUGAAAGCAUGCUAAAGGGUAAUAGUAAGACAAUGAAAAAUGUUGCUGCUUCAACUAACGAAGAAUCACAAUUACUGUUACCGUCAGAAACAGACCCUAAACCAUCUGCAUCUAAGUCUGAAGUAAAUGCCGAACCAAAUUCCAUUGAACCCUCUACAAAUCCAAAUGAUAACGCUUCUGGUUCAGAUCCUGUAGCAUCUGGUUCUAAUCAAAAUGAUGGUAGUUCCCAUGAGGCGGAUAAACCGGUCAAAAAAAAGAUUCGAUGCGCAAAAUGUGGACGAAAAGUAGGUCUUACAGGGUUUGAAUGUAGAUGUGGACUAAUAUUUUGCGCAGCUCAUAGAUAUUCAAAUACUCAUAGUUGUACAUUCAAUUAUCGUGAGAUGGGUGCUGAGCAAAUACGUCGAGAUAAUCCACAAGUUGUUAAAGAGAAGAUUGAAAAAAUUUAAGUAUUGGUAGAAAUUAUUUAGUGCUUUAAUACAACAAUUUUUUUCUUAUAAAAUACCUAAAGAUUUGGAUGCGUUUCUAUUAGCACUAAGGUUAUAAAUUUAUUUCGGUUUAUUUUUCAUAAUCAAAAUUUUUUUUUUCGUUUUUUUUCAUCAAAA